AUGCAUUGGUCUACUCUGAUCCUGGCAUUUGCUGCCGCUCCCACCAGUGCACUUAUCCGCUUCCAAUGCUCGCAGCUUGUGCGAGAACGGCUCGAUCCCCUCGUAAACCCGGGUCUCAUUCCCUCUCCUCAUGUUCAUCAGAUCGUUGGCGGUAACUCCUUCAACGCAACCAUGGACCCCAAAACCAAGGACAUACCAGGCGAAUCUACAUGCACGACGUGCCAAUUCGCAGAGGACUUCUCCAACUACUGGACCGCCAUCCUGUACUUCAAGGCGAGGAACGGCACGUACAAGCGGGUGCCGCAGUUGGCCAAUGCUGGGUUUGAAGGCGCGAAGGGCGGCGGCAUGACGGUCUAUUACAUGCAGGAUCCGCUGUAUGACACUAAGCAGCUUAGCUCGGUGAAGGCGUUCCAGCCGGGCUUCCGCAUGUUCGUUGGCGACAUCAAUGCGCGAAACAAGGCGCAAGCGGCCCGCUUCCGCCAACUCACCUACACCUGCAUGGACAAUGCUGGCACGCGGGACAAGGAGACUGUCGCCUUCCCUGCCCGGCCAUGCAAGUACGGCAUCAUGACUUCGCUUCGCUUUCCAACCUGCUGGAAUGGCGUGGACCUUGAUAGUCCCGACCAUAUGUCACACAUGGCCUACCCCGAGUCCGGCACCUUCGAAUCCGGCGGGCCCUGCCCCUCGACCCACCCCGUCCGCGUCUCCCAAGUGAUGUACGAGGUAAUCUGGGAUACGUCCAAGUUCAACGACCCGGCUGAGUGGCCCGCGGACGGCAGCCAACCCUUCGUGUGGAGCUUCGGCGACGGCACGGGGUACGGGAAUCACGGAGACUACGUGUUUGGCUGGAAGGGCGAUAGCUUGCAGAAGAUUCUGGAUACAAAGUGUUAUGUCAAUUGCGAGGGGGCGAAGUUGCAGAGUAUUGAGGAGAUGAAUAAGUGUAGUGGGAGUGUGCCCGAGGCGGUCGUGGAGGAUAUUGAUGGGUGGUUGGAUGUGCUGCCUGGUGGGCAUGUGGCUAAUUAUUCUUGAGAUUUAGAGAGAGUUGGGAUAGGGGGAUAGGAGAUUGGGAGUUUGUUUGAAUAGGGGAGGCAGGUAUAAUUCAAUUGAACACAUCUGAAGAG